AUGGAAGUGGGUAAGCCCCAAAAAGCCGAUCGAAAGAUCAUCGUUGGCGUCGAUUUUGGGACCACAUACUCUGGUGUCGCUUGGGCUGAGAAUCGCAACCCAUCACGACGAACUUGUAUCACGCAAUGGCCAGUAUCGAGUGCCAACAAGGAAGGACAAUCUAGCGAUAAAGUCCCUACAAGAAUUCGAUAUAACGGAGACAAAAUCGAAUGGGGUUUCUCGGUCCCUGUGAAUGCACCUCAGCAUGAAGUUGUUGACUGGUUCAAGCUGGACUUAGACCCAUCCACACAGGCUGUUGGCUACAAUCCAAGCACCGAGGGUGCACGAAGCGGCCGAAACGUCGACGAACUUGUUACCGACUUCAUUUCGCAGCUCGUUGACCAUCUAAUGUACACCCUACGUGAGAAGCUCGGCAGUGGCCUUGUCGACAGCACUACUUUGCAAUUUGUAAUCACUGUACCUGCCAUUUGGAGCGACUUAGCGAAGGAAAAGACCAAGAAAGCAUGCGAACAAGCUAUGAUUUCCGUGUCCGAGCACCAUGUCCAUCUGGUUUCCGAACCCGAAGCAGCUGCCAUUUAUGCCCUUCAUGACUUGGACCUGAACGGCCUUGACGCUGGAGACACCAUCGUUGUGGUCGACGCAGGCGGUGGUACCGUCGACCUGAUCUCGUACACAAUCCUGAGCACGAAGCCUAUUCUGGAGGUCCAGGAAGCGGCUCCUGGUUCAGGUGCACUUUGCGGCUCCACGUUUCUCAACAUGCGCUUCUCAAAGUUUCUUCAGAGCAAACUCGGCAAGGAAGAGGGCUUCGAUGACGAGGUCAUGGCUGAGGCCCUGGAUGUGUUUGAGAACAAGGUCAAGCGCCAGUUUGCUUUAGACGUUGAACCUGACGAGACUUUUAACAUCCCUGUGGCAGGAUUGGCAAACAAUAAGUCGCUCGGCAUCAGUCGUGGUCGUUUCGCCUUGAAGGCAUCGGACGUCAAUAAAAUAUUCGAGCCUGUGGUGCUUGAGGUCAUCAGAUUGGUAAAGGAUCAGAUCACAGCUAGUAACGUGCCUGUUCAAGCCAUUCUUCUGGUUGGCGGCUUUGGGUCCUCAAAUUACCUCAAGGAGCGACUUCGGGCUGCCAUAGAUGGCUCUGCCAUUGUACAGGGAGCAGUGCUCAAAGGACUUGCUCGAUCCUCCCCAGACUGCGCAGUGGUCAAGGUGGAAAACCGCAAGGCCCGAAAACACUAUGGCACUGAAUGGAGUGUCCGUUGGGACGAAAAGUCUCACGGAAAUCUCAAGAGCGAAAGAUAUUGGUGCGGUCUUGACGGCUGCUACAAAGUCCGAGUCAUGGAGUGGUUCAUUACGAGAGGCUCGACGGUGUCUGAAAACGACCCAUAUAUCGCCGCAUUUGUGUGGACAAAUCCUGUCAGCAAAGGACGCAUUCGAAAGGUCAAGAUGACUAUAUACAACGACCAUUUGUCUCGAGAUGCUCCAUUGUCCCGCAACGACAAUGUCAAGAUGCUCUCAAUCGUUGAAGCGGACGUCAUUCAUAUUCCGGAGAAUCAACUACGUCGCAGAAAGGGCUGCGACGACCAAUGGUACUACGAGCUGAACUAUAAGAUCGAGGCUGUAUAUACCUCCGCAUCCACUAGUUAUACUCUGAUCUAUCAAAGUAAGUUUCGUUGA